AAAGAGGCAGAGGCAACCUGUGCUGUGGAAACCAGGGUGAUAGUUAUUCUUGUGGGUUGUGGGUUGUGGGUGGCAGGUUGGGGGUGGUGGUGAGACUGAAAGAGGCAGGAGGGGCUUCUGGGGGCUGGUUUCCAAGUGUGUUCUAUUUGUAAAAUGCAUUGAAUUGUACAUUUAUUUUAUGUACUCUUUUUUUUUUAAAGUUUAUUUAGUGUGUGUGUGUGUGUGUGUGUGUGUGUGUGUGAGAGAGAGAGAGAGAGAGAGAGAGAGAGAGAGAGAGAGUGCAAGCAGGGGAGGGACAGAGAGAGAAUCCCAAGCAGGCUCUGAGCUGUCAGCCCAGAGCCUGAUGUGGGGCUCAAUCUCACAAACUGUGAGAUCAUGACCUGAGCCGAAAUCAAGAGUCAGACAUUUAGCCACCCAGGCAUCUCUCCUACAUAUGCUUUUCUAUGUGUAAACUAUACUUCAAUAAGAAGUUGAAAAUAUAUAGCUACCUACAUGCUACCCCCAGAGACUCUGAUUUAAUUGGUCUGAGACAGGGCUCAGGCAUCAUUUUUUUGUUUGUUUUCUUAAAAAGCUCUACAUGUUGGGGCGCCUGGGUGGCUCAGUCGGUUCAACGUCCAACUUCAGCUCAGGUCAUGAUCUCGCGGUCCGUGAGUUCGAGCCCCGCGUCGGGCUCUGUGCUGACAGCUCAGAGCCUGGAGCCUGUUUCAGAUUCUGUGUCUCCCUCUCUCUCUGACCCUCCCCCAUUCAUGCUCUGUCUCUCUCUGUCUCAAAAAUAAAUAAACAUUAAAAAAAAAAAAAAAAAAAGCUCUACAUGUGAUGCUAAUGUGUACUCAACAGGCUGCACAUUAGACUUGACCGGAUGGUCUCUCUUCUCCAUGACGAAGGCGGUGAGCUGUGUGCUAAGCAAGAGGUCAAGGUAGAGAUGGGCCAUCUUUGUGGUCUGUGGGUUUGUGUUUUCAGGAACGUGUUGCUAAGGUGUGUUUUUUGUUUGGAGGAACUCUCUUCUUGGAGGUUACGGGGCCCAGCGUCCUGGCCAGCUGCUGAAGGGGUGGAGCUGUUGCUGGGCCCGGCCUUGAGAAGGGCUGGCAGGUCCCACGUGAUGCUCUAGUAUCUCAAAUGUCCAUGAGAAGUCAACGUGGGAGACUCCCCCAAGUUGUCCCAGGGGACCCGCCUGUGACCUUGCAGACCCAGCCUGGCUUUCUGCUUCAGCAUGGCCUGGGUGCUGCUCCUGCCAGGCUUGGAGGAGCCUGAAAGGAGGUUUCCCCUGGGGCUAGGGAGGCUUGAGUGUGGGCACAGGACAGUCCAGGAGCAUGCCAGUCCAGUGAACACAGCAGUGGAGGCCUGAGGGGUCCGGCUUGUGCUUCCCCCAAAUACCACAUUGCAUCCCUUCUGAGCCACUUUAUCCUUUUUCUUUUGUCUCUGCCUCCCACCCGAGCUCCCCCUUUGAUCAGUCAGCCAGCACGGACUGAGUGCCUGGUGGUGCUGGGUCAGUGCUGACUGCCUGCUUCACGGGCAAGGCUCCUGGAAGGGACCGGUCUGCAGGUGACCCCCAUUGCUCCAUUCUAUGUGUCUUUCCCUUCUACUGCCUUGAUUUAUCCCUCCCCUCUUCCCUCUUGGAGUGUCACCAUCUCUCUUUCUCUGUCUGCUUCCCUCACAGUAGCAAACACUGGGUGCCUGCUGUGUGCUGGGGAUACAGAGAUGUAUAAGACACACCCCUGGUGGAGCUCAGAGGCCACUGGGGGCAGCUGGAUGUGUAAACAGACAAGCACAGUCUGGUGUGGUAAGUGCUGGGACAGCACAGCAGGACAGAGGGGACAGGGGACCACAGAGGAGGACUGACCAGCUCUGCAGGGGGGAGACCAGGGAGGGCUUCACAGAGGAGGUGACAUUUGAACUGGGACUUGAAAGAUAAGUGGAAUUCUCCAGGUAGACAAGCAUGGGAAGGAAUUGCAGGUAGGGAGGAUGUGCAGGUGCGGAGGGCUGCGGCAACAAGGAAGCUGGGCUCAGGUGAGCCUCAGGAGUGAGGCUGGGAAGGGAAGCAGGAAGCUCAGGAAGGCCAGCUGAGGAGGCAUGAGGGAGGUAAGGUCAGCAGCAGAGUGGCAGGAUCAGUUCUGGGCCCCAGGUGGCUCUGCUGGUGGUGCAGAUGUGGGGGAGGGCCAGGCAUGGUGAGGAGGCUUCUGCCAACAUCAGGGAAAGGAUGAUGGUGAUCAGGGCUGGCAGGUGCAGCAGGAAUGGAGUAGGUGGUGUCCUGGUGUCAUAGGUUCAGCUGGGGAAGGCUCUUGGGCCUUUGGGGAUUGAGUGCUGUGGGGGGGUGGGGAGGAGAAGGAGGUGAGGCUUCUGCCUUGGGUAACCAUGGAGGAAGGAGCCUUUCAGGGAUAUUGGGUGCUCAGAAGGAAGCAGAUUUGGGGGGAUGACACUGAGCUCACCUUGAUGGAUACAUCCAGAUGGCUGAAGCUCAGGAGGAGAGGAGGUGUCAAGGUUAGAGAUUUAGAGAUUUCGAUUUGGGAGCAUCUGCCUGGUGGGUGUAUUCUGAGCCUGGAGGAAGCUUCCAGAGCAGAGUGUACACAUGUCAGGUGUCCUGUGAGGCCUGGUCCAUGAGUUCUGCAGGAGGCAGCUCGACUCUUGGACCUCUGGGUUCCCUCCUUAUUGUCUCUCUCUCCCUCUCCUGCCCUCUCUGUGUCCCCACCCCCCUUUCUUGACUGGCCUGGCUCCUCUGCUGACAUCCCCAGUGCUAGCUCCCCGCCCCCUGCUCUUUCAGCAGCCCCGAGUGGCAGGCUGCACCCUGGACUCCUGGUGUGAUAAGCUCAGUGAGUAUUUGGAGAGGGAAUGAAGGAAGGCUUGCAGGUAGGGCAAGCAGCUGUUGUGUCCUCUGGAGAGGCAUCCUGCCCCGGAAUCGGGCUCAGCAGGGCGAAAGGGACUCCUCUGAGGAGUUCCCCAACCUUUUCUACCUCCUCUAAUGUCCAAAAUAUUGGGCCUCCCCUGCUGCAUCCCCUUGAUAACAAGAAUAUUUUUUUGUGGCUCUGAUGGAAAAAACAGACAUGGCUUUGAGGACCCCUGAUACUACCCCACAGUCUGCAGGUGGGGGUAGGAGUGGGACUUGAUGGGCAAGGGGGUUAGUUCACAACCCACAGAGUAGGGGCAACUGGCUUGAGGAGGUCUGUGUGGGAACGCACAGAGGCUGCCAGGAGAGUGGGGGCACCCAGGCUGGUCCCCAUCCUCCAGCUUCCUGCUCUUGAAGCCUCCUUCCUGACCUUGUGCAGCAGGGCCCAGUUGGUCCUUGGGUGCUCCCCACUUAUUGGUUCUGUGGUGACCACUCUGCCCCAGACCUACCCUUGUAUCUGAUUUUGCUCCCAUUUCUUUAUUUUUACUCACCUAAAUACUGUAGACUAAUUAGUAGAAAAUCUGACUUGAUAGUUUUGCAAACCAUGCAUUUCGGCCACAGGCAGAGUCUCUGUAUCAAGAGCAUUAUGAGGACAGCCAGGAGGGACUGGCCUUAACAGAUGGACAGGUAGGAAUGACUUGUAACCAUCUUGUUCAUCAUGCAUAAAGGAGUUGCUUUUAAGUUUAAAGAUACUUGAAAGUCAUUUCCCCCACCCCCAGUGACUGUGUUUCACCACUGUUCUUUUCUUCCUGGAGAUGCUGUAGGGAGAGCGAGUGCACCGCCUUCUUUUGUUUUUCUCAUGGUCCAUCUCUCCUCCAGCCGUGCUUACUGACCCCACACUUCAUUCUUCAAACAUAUCGCGUGUGCCUGCUGCAUGCUGGCCUUUCACCCAGCUUGUGACCUUCAGGGAGGGAGGAGGCAGAGUCCCUGCCAUCUUGGAGCCCCCGGAGAUGAGCAGUUCCAGCACUGACCCAGUGUGAAAAGUGCUAAGAGGGAGGCCAGGAUUGGGGUGUUGUGAGUGUCUGCAGCGGGGUCUCCUCACUAGGUUGGGGGAGGGCCGAGGGCGGGCUCCCGUCCCUGAGCAAGACACACUGGACCUAAGGAUGAGUUCAGUUUAGAAGCCAUGCAGAGGAAUGAUCAUGAACGCAAAGUUAGAUUAUGGAACUUUUGCAGGAUGACAGUCUUACCCAGGUGGUAGGGUUGGGAUUCCUUUUCUCUAGGAGCCUUUCUGUGACUCUCACUCUGCCUUCUGGGCUCCUGCAGCCCUGAUAGCUCGAAUCACCCUUCCCAGUGCCCGAAUGACAGGCUCCCUGCCUCUGUGACCAUGGCCAAAGUCCUUCUUGGGGUUUCACUCUACCCCUGGGCCUCCAGGUUAGAGUGUGCUCCUUAGAGCGGGCCCCAUUUCCUUCUCUUUCCUUGUGGCCCAGUAUGCUCACAAGCUGCAGGGUCUAAGCUCCCCAAGGACUCAGUGGCUUGACUUGUACAGUCUCUACCUCAGGGGCCUCUCCAACCAAAGCACUCAAAUCAAGUGAGGAAUCAAGAGAUAGAAGACAUAGAUGGAAUUUACCACACAAAAACUGAAUAGUACCACAGACAAAACUAAAAGGCAAAUGACAAACUGGGGGAGAUGUUUGCAAAAAUGAGAAAUUAAGCAUUAAUAUUCUCAAAAAAAUUUAAUACAAAUCAAUAAGAAAAACGUAAAGACCCUCACAGACAAUUCACAGAUGAAAUUCUGGUGGUUAAUGUGUAUAUAUGGGAAAUAUUGUUGAACCUAUCAGGAAACAGAAAUAGAAAUGGAAAUAGCAUACUUCCAUGUAUCAAACUUGCAAAAGUGAGAAAAAGAUAAUAGCCAGUGGAUGUAGCCCAGAUGUAGGUAAGCCGGUACCCUCAUGUAGUGCUGAUGGCUGUGGUCACCAGUAAAACAUAUGGAAGCACUUUGGGAGUGAGUCUAAAGAGCCCAGGAAAUGAGCAUUCUCCACCCACUAAUCACACUUCUGAGACUCUGUCUCAGCCAUGGACAGUGACAUGGGGAAUUUCUCAUGAAAUCAUGUUAAGCAACAAAAGUAGAACAUACAUAUUAUAAUGUAUACUUCUACUUACAUGAAUUCUAUAUUUAUGCAUAGAUCUUUUCUUUGGGUGAUGUUUUAAGGGCAUUUGCUUCUUGGUGAUUUUGAUCAUCAUAUUUUGUUUUUCUCACAUUUUCUGUAAUGAGAGUAACAAAAGUCAAAAGGGGGGGAAACCCUCUUGAAAUAUGAAAUGAGGGGACCAAAUAAAUAUAGAAAUUAACUUUGGGAGUCAACAGGGUCAAAUCACUAGCAAAACUUGUCACUUUGCAAGAUUCAGGAAACAUAUGUUGAUGUGUAUUUACCAAAAUUCUCCAGAAGACUAAGGGCAGAGGCAGAAAUCACCAGGCCACAUGGCUGUGGAUGGGCUGAUUUUGUGGGUGAGGUUACCUGGCUCUUCACUGUGUGAUACUAGGUACAGCCUGUCCCUUGGCAGGGGUCAGUUUCCUACUCUUUACACAGUAUAUUAGGGGGUCAGACUAAAUGACUCUGAGGGUCUUUGGCAGAUCUCGGCCAACUCUGUUCUUGAAGAAGAGAACUUUGACUUGCGCCCACGACAAAGCUGAGAAGGACCAAGGGAAUAAACUGAUCUGCAGGCUUCCAGGAAGGAUGGCGUGUGAGAUUGUCCCUUCUAUCAGGGAGCACAGGACUCCUGCCUGAGCUGCUGCCUCUGGACUCUGACAGCUUCAGCCUCACCCUGAACAGCAGGGCUGGUCUUGGGUGGGGGUGGAGGAGCUGCCCUGGGGAUGGUGAUGCUGGUCGGGAAAGGUGUCCCCAUAGAGCCACCCUUCCUGAUGCAGGCCUGUUUCUGCUUAGCAACCAGCAGAUGCAUGGAAAGACAGCUUCUCUGAAGAGCCCUGUGUCCUGCACAGAGAAACUAGCCAGGGUUCAGGCACCCCUGAACUCCAGUCUGCACUGGCCAGAAGGCUUGAAGAGUGAAGAGAUCAAGAAGUGUGGCCGAGAAGGGCCCCAGCUCGUGUGUUUGCAGACACUACUGAGUAAAUACAACCAGCAAUACCACAAGCUGUUUAAGGACAUCCCUUUGGAGGAGGUUGUUCUCAAAGUGUGUUCCUGUGCCCUCCAGAGAGACCUUCUUCUCCAGGGCCGGCUCUACAUCUCCCCCAACUGGCUCUGUUUCCAUGCUAGCCUCUUUGGCAAGGAUAUCAAGGUGGUCAUUCCUGUGGUGUCUGUGCAAAUGAUCAAAAAACACAAGAUGGCCCGGCUCCUUCCCAAUGGCCUGGCCAUCACCACCAAUACCAGCCAAAAGUAUGUCUUUGUGUCACUGCUUUCCCGGGACAGUGUCUAUGACAUGCUGAGGAGGGUCUGCACACACCUACAGCCUUCCAGUAAGAAGAGCCUGAGUGUAAGAGAAUUUCCAGAGGAACCUGAGUGCGAGUCUCUGGAAGUCCUCAUCCCUGAGAUGAAGUGGAGAAAGGUGUGCCCUGCCUCCAGGUCCCUGUCCCUUCCAGACAACAUCCCUUGUAUCCCUCGGGCAUCCAUGGACUCCACCGACAGCUUCUUUCCCUCCAGGAAGCCUCCAGGCUCUGAGAAUGCUGUCUGUGAGAAGGAGAAACUGGAGGAGUUGCCCAGGAGCGACGGGGAGCUGAGGCUCUGGGACUGCCAGCUCCUCAAGGUCAUCUUCGUGCUGAUCUGCUUCUUGGUCAUGUCCUCAUCGUAUCUGGCAUUCCGCAUCUCCCGGCUGGAACAGCAAUUAUGCUCCCUGAAUUGGGAUGGCCCAAUCCCUGGGCACAGGUAACAGCCACCUGGCCUUUGUCCCCACUUCUCCAUGAAGAAUGCUGUGCGUGCUAAGGUUCCACCAGUGAUCGCCGUGGUUUAUGCUGCUGCUACGCUGAGACUGAGUAUGAAGGAACAUAGUCCAGAUCCUUCCUCCUCCCCCUAACUCUUAUCUCUCCUGUUUACAAAGCUCCUACAAUUUGGGGACUCGGACAAAGAGCCAGAUUCUUGGAACAGCUGAGAAAUUCUGUAUACUAAGCUUCAGCAAGCACUUCAGUGAAAAAAGAAAAUUAACUUGUUCCUUGGAAACAGCCUGGCACAGGUGCAGAACACUAGGAGCCACCGGAGGGACAAAGGCCAUGCUUUGGUUCCUGGAAUGUACCUCUCCAACUGUCACGCGGCUCGCUGCCUCAGUGGGACAGAGGCUCUAACCCAAACCACCAGUGGGGCUCUGCUCUCUCCCAACAUACUGUGCUCUCACUUGCGCCCCUGAGAGUCUCUGUUCCGGGAGCCAGGCCCCUGUCAGGCCAAGGGCAGACUGGGGGAGAGGAAGGGGAGGGGGAAGCUAUGAAGCAGGAGAGGAGGGCGUGUGGCUAGGAUUCCAGCCAGAGAGGAACGUUCGUGCCCUGUGCUGAGGCUCUAUCCUGGCCCCUCACAAAGAGGCUGGCUGAACCUGGAGGACAGUAUUUGCAGCAGAGGAUGGUGGCAGGGGCUGUGAAGGAGAGCAGAGGUCCAGCAUUCUGUGUCCUGAGCUGCCACUUCCUGGUGAGACAGGUGGAGCGGGGCCUUUGAUCACUGUGGUCACAGACCUGGUACUGUCUUCCCCUCGUGUGCUCAAACAGUUCUAAGGUCUCCCAGGCGGGAAGUAGGGGCUGGGGCUGGGGUGGGUGGGAAGGUUGGUGGCUUUGAUUUGAGUUUUGCUUUGUACUCCCUGGCCGACUGCCUGAGAGGCCGUGACCCAUAGCAACCUGUCGGGAGGUGAGGCUGGGCAGCUGGGCAGUUGGGCACAAUGGUAUAGGGCCACUGCAGGGCAAAGCUCACUCAUGUCACCAGAAAUAAGUAUGUUGCGGGCCAUGGGGGGAGGCUUCUCCAUUCUAUGAAUAAGGUAGAGGUGUCCAAGGUGGGCCUGGUACAGUGCAGGGACCAGGCCAAGGGGUUCUGUCUGAUAUCUCUGGGGACAAGAGAAGUAGGGGAUGAGAAGAGUAGACACAGUGGUAGCUUUUAGAGAUUCCUCCGCUUCUGCCAGGGCCGCCUAUUUUCUAAACAGCUCGCCUAUGCCUCAGAACUCUGCCUGCUCUUCCUGGGACUCCCAUCUGCUAAGACAGUGCCUUUGGAGGUUCUAGAGGGGCCUCAGUGAAGAGGUCAGAGGUAUCAAGGGAAAGUGGUGAUGGGGUGAGUGGUUUCAGAAAUAGCCACUGUUUUUCCUCCUUCGGACACCUGAAAGGUUAAUCAGGGAGAAAUCCAAGCAGAAAUUAUUUAUUGCAGAGCCAUGAUUGUCCUAUUAGGACAAACCCAAACAAGAAUUGGAGGGACUGACUGCAGGUGACAAGUCCCAAAGCUCAGACUAGCAGUCUCUUCAUCCUCACCCCAUUGCGGGUUAUAGGAUUACGCUUAGAGCCUGGGGGGGUUGCUUGCACCUCAUCUGUAUGUAUCAGGUGAAACUCAUUCCAUUCUCCCCACAGCACCACAGUGGGGAAAACCCCAUCCUUUUUUUGGAACCAGCCCCCUUCAUCACUCCUUUCCAUCACGUCUUCAGGGAAAUACUUGCCCCAGUGUCUCCCGGCCCUGGUCCUUGCCGAAGGGCGGGGAGAGUAGGUCCAUUCUCUGAGCCUUGCCAGGUUGAGCCAGAGGCUCAUCAGGGGCCAGCAGAGGUGCCAAGUCAUGGGUAACAGUGCCAAAGUGCUGGUGAAUCUAGUCUCCACCUGUGCCACAGGCUCAGAAAGGGCAAGAGGCAUGCUGUAGGGUGGGGUGGCUCUGGAGGCCCUCUCGGGUCCAGGGAUUUCAGUGGUAUGAGUGUGCCUGUCGCUCUGGAGGGCCCUCUGUUUCUCCCUUUGAUUCCCCAGCCUGGUCCUCUGGGGCCAAUGUCCCUUUUGGUUGUGCUCAUUUGUAAACUGUGUAUUUGUACAGACCUGCUUGCACUGGCUGAUACUCCUUUAAUUCCCUGAGAGAUUGGUUCAACUAUCCUUGGGUUGUUCCACCAUAGUAUUAGCCUUUGAAAAUAUUUUAAAAUACAAAAAUUUGAUUUUUCUAGUG